AUGGCCGCCUCAAUCUGGACUGUUCUUUCCCUCUAUGCAGUCGCCGCAGCGGCAGCGACAAAUUGUUCUAUACCAUCCAUCUUUGUGGACAUCCAUAACCGAGCGGUCGACGGCGGCGUCACGUUCCAGUAUGGUCUUUUCACAGGCAUCGGCAGUCCCACAUCCCAGAAUUUAUCACAAUGGCCCACCUUUCACAAUGAGACCACAGUAGGAAAUCUCGACUAUUGCAGCAGGAGCCCCUUCAAAGACUGUGUCACCCAGAGCCACGGUUUCUACUCUCCAGAGCUUUCCAAGACAUACUCGUCCGGUGCAUCCUAUCGAUCUCUCGACAGUCUGGGUUCCAUCCCAGCAGACGUUGUCGAGACCGCCUUGGACACUUUCAAUCUCUUCACCCACUACUACGACCCCUCUCCACCGAAUGUCACUCACCUCACCGAAUUCCCGGUCACAGUUCUAUCCAAUUACUCCUCAAACUCCACGACGUGGUUCGGCCCCGCAGGACUUGUAGGGUUGGGUCCUUCCAGCACCCUCCUGCAGCAUUUGUACGACCAGCACUUCAUCUCGACCCGGUCUUUUGGAUUGUACGUAGGCACGGCGUAUGAGCCGGCCAACGGUGCAAUCAAUGGCUCACUCGUUCUCGGCGGCUAUGACUCGGGUCGGUUUGAAGGCGACGUCCACAACUACUCUAUCAGUCCUGCUUGGCCUGACGCAGGUCAUAGCCCUUUCAAGGUCUCGGUCGCACAGUUGACUCUUACCGCUGCCGAUGGGAAGAAGACGGAUCUGCUCAAUGCCGUGUUCGAUGCGUAUGUUACAACCUCUCAAUACGAGCUCGACCUCCCGAGAGUCGUCACCCAGAAAUUCGUCGACGAGACCGGUGCCACGCCCACGGAUGUUGGGAACCCUAUACUGCGGCUUCCAGACAACUUCGACUCGACGCUGACCGUCUCUCUCGAGGGUGGGCUCAAUAUGACCUACGAUGCGGAAUGGCUCCGCAACGUGUCCAACAACUCUCCCUUUUCAGCCAAGUCGAUUGCUUCUUCUGCUUCUUCUGCUUCUUCUGCUUCUUCUGCUUCUUAUAACAGCCAGAACGGGACGACCGACACGGACGUUGGCGUUCUGGGGUCCGCAUUUCUUUCGUACCUCUAUCUCAUCGCGAACUACGAUGCGAAACCGCCAACGUUCCACCUUGCCGCCGCCCGUCCAAACGGUCCGUACGUGAUGACUCAGACUCUUUGUGCGGACACAGCCCCGGUGGCUGCAAAAACUAGCAAGAUAUCGUCUUUCACUAGAGCCGGCCUCACUGGCGCGAUCGUGGGUGGCAUCGUGGGGGGCAUCGGCUUGACAUUCUUUGCCUACUGGCUGUUCCGCAAAUGGUCGCAAAGUCGCCUGCAACGAAAACAGCGCGCUGCCAGCCCGAAGAGCAGAAGUAUUGAUGUCGGAAAAGGCAAGUCCUCGUACGACCGAGACAGCGAAAGCAGCGAGAUGGCCACGUUCGGAUUCAACUUCAACUCGCACGGCCACCAGCAGUAUCAGAACUACCUGCAAAGUCAAGCUCAGGGCCAAGGGCAAGCAGCACAACCACAACCGCAGCCACUAUCAGAAUCACAAUCACAAACUCCACAACGUCCGCAGCUGCAGCAGUAUGCCUCCCACGAGAGUGACUACGGCCCCGAGACUCGGGCGCAAGAAUACUUGCGCUCCCGCGACGACGCCUACACGACCGCGGGCCCUCUUACCCCUGCAACAGGCGUACCUUUACUGAACUCGCAGGAUGUUCCUGGGCAAUCGGAGCCAAGGCCAUUCAUGCAUCACAGCUUAUCCGGCUCACGGUCCCAGACCCAAACCUCGCAGCUGCAACUACAGCCCGAGAUGGGAACGGGAACGGCAACGGCCUUUCCUCGACCGCGAAAGAGCAGCGAGCCCGCCCAGCGCAUGGUCCUGGGUUUGAAUCUGAAAACCGAAUUCGAUCCUCCGCCGGGGAAAGGGCCCAGUGGCGCCACACGCAAAGCCGGCGGUAGGAAGAAGGAGAGUCUGUUGAAGAGAGUCUUCCCUCCGCCGAGCGGGGUGUAG